AUGAAUAAUCAAAAUGUUUCUAGGUUUGAAACAAAACAAGAUUACAUAAUAGAUACUUAGAGCAUCGUUGCUUAAGGUAAAAGAGGUUAAAUUUUAAAAUGUUAACACAAAGAUAAGGAUGAAAUAUUGUGUGUGAAGGUAAUAAGUAAAUCGCAUUUAUAUGUCAAUUAAAAAAAUGAAAUACAAGUACUAGAAACUCUUAAAAAUGCAAAAACAAAGAAUUUGAACGUCUUAAAUAUCUAAAAUAUUAUGGAAGAUAGCAAAAAGUAUCUCAUAUUCAGCGAGCUCUGUGAUGGCAGCCUAGAACAAUUAUUUUAAUAGAAACAGAGAAAUAAUAAAUGGUUUUCUGCAGAGGAAGUCCAAGAUUUUCUAAGUCAAAUAGUGAGAGGCUAUUUUUAUUUAAAGAGUCACAAAAUAAUACUUAGAGAUUUAACACCCAGAAGCAUUCUUUUUAAAAUACUUACUAAUAAUAGAAUUGUAUUAAAAAUAUCAGAUUUUGGUGUGAGUCGAAUAACUUAGGAUGGAUAUGCAGUAACUAGAACUGGAAUUCCUUAUUACUCAGCUCCAGAAGUUUACAGAAAUUCUUCUGAUCAAUAAAAAUACACUGAUACAUGCGAUAUCUAUUCACUUGGAAUCAUUCUUUACAUGUUGUGUUACCAAGGAGAAAAGCCGGUGAAUGUAUAAGAUUUUAAGGAUCUAAAUGAAUUCCAUGAAAGAUUAAAAAAAGAUUAAUUUCUCGCAUGCCCACACAACCCUAGGCAUUCAAAAGAAUUUUUGAGCUUAAUAGAAAAAAUGAUUGUUUAUAAUCCAGAAAAAAGAAUCACAUGGGAGUAGUUAGAUUUAAAUGUAGUUCAACAUUUUCUCAUCUUAGAAGACAAUUAUUUCAUCGACUUUGACAAAACUAUCGAUUCAGGAUUGUAAGGAUUAUCUCAUGAAGCAUAUCAUUUAAAAAAAUGCGAAGAACUAGUUUGUAAAACCUUCUAGAAUAAUAUGAUUGGAAUUACUAGAACACUUGAAAAUUUGGAUAAACUCAAAUAAAAAAAUCAUAAAAAUGUGUUAAAAGUUUUAGCAAUAAUCAAGUAUAGUGAAUAAUAUACUUAUCUAAUACUUGAGAAAUGGGACAUCAGUCUUUAAGGCUAUAAAGAAGACUUAUAAUUAAAAAAUUAGAAUUUGAAACCCUACGAAAUUUUUGAAAUAUUAUACUAAAUAGUGGAAGGCUAUUGUUUCCUUAAAGAUUUGUAAAUUGCUCAUAUUGAAUUAAAACCAAGUAAUAUUCUCUUAAAAAAGAAUGAGAAAGGAAAAUAUAUUGUCAAAAUCUUUGAUUUGGAAAUUAACAAAACCAUUGGAAGAGGUAUAACCCAUUCUAUAAAUGAAUUGAAAAUAUUUUCUGCUCCUGAAAUGCUCUAAUAAGGCUUCUCUAACGAUUAGUAAAGUGAUAUGUUUUCACUAGGCAUGAUUUUAUAUUACAUCGCAUUCUAAAAAAUGUUUAAAAACUUUUAACAUAAAGCCGAGCUUCUAGAAUUUCAUAAGUCUUUAGCUACCACACCAUUUAUAAGUCCAAAUCAUGAAAAUCCACUAAUUUCAGAACUAAUUAAUUAGAUGAUUGUAAACGAUCCAAAGAAAAGAAUAAGUUGGCAAUAAUUGUAGUCUCAUUAUGUAUUUAACGAAUUCAAAAUUUAAUAACCUCAGAAUGAUAUUGUUUCUAAUUAAUAUAUAGAAACAUAGCUCAAUAAGAAAAAGAAUAUUUAAAUCAUAUAGUGUUAAUAAUAAUAAUAAAACUAAGUCCAAUAAUAACAGUAGUAGUAGCAAUUAUAAUAACAGCAAUAAUAAUUACUCUAAUAACAAUAAUAAUUACACUAAUAAUAAUAAUACUAAUAGAAAAGCUCAAGUCAAAGUUCUUGUUUUACAGAAAUAUAUGAGUAUAUACAUUCUCUUCAUACUUUAGCGAUUAAGGUAUUAAGAGCAUGCGAAGAAUACUAAAAGGAAGAUUAAAAAGUACAAGAUGAAAUGCUCUUAUUCAAAUAAUUCUUAAUUCGUUUCUGCAUUUCUUGUUUGAUAUGUUUUGACAAUCUCAAAACUCAACAUUUUAUUUAUCUAGAUAAUGAGAAAUAUUAUGUGAAAUCAAAUUCUAAUUUCGAUGAUUGGCUAUAAAGGAAAAAUAUUGAGUAAAUGAGGAAAGACACAUCAGAAAUAUUUGAAUCCUUAAAAACAGCGUAAACUACUACUCCAACUUAAAUAAUCGCUAAAGGAAAUGAAUUGCUAAAAGACCUUACCAAUUAAUUUUAGUAGAGCGUCAACAAAUCAAAUAUUGUUAUGCUUCAUUAAUACUUCAACUCUUUUUUUAAAGAAGUUAAGCUUUCAAUUUUCAAUUCCAAUAUCCAAACGAAACUUAAGUUCUAUUUGCUUAAGUUUUCUAAUGUUUUUAUUGAAUAUCCUAUCUAGAAUUUCGAAUUAUUUUAGGAAACAAAAGUAGCCUAAAAGAUCUGCUUACUUGAUGAAAUGGAAAAGUAUGUAAUAUAUCAUCUAAAUCAGAAAUGA